CCAGGGUACUGCAGGCUGCAAUUUGAGCUGUCUGCCUCAGGAAUGCAGUGGUUAAAGGCUGGAUGGCGGCUACGGAAGAGCUAGGAAGUCAGCAAAUUUUAAUAGCUAAUGUUGAUCAAGUAAGGAAUACCCCUGUAUGUCUUGGAAUAAAAUGGAUAACUCUUUUGUAGAAGAGGUGGCUGCAUCUUUGGUUAGAGAAUUUCUCAGCAGAAAGGGUUUAAAAAAGACAAGUGCCAUUAUGGACAGAGAAUUUCCACGUUCUGAAUUUAGCAUCAACAAUAGAAAUGAACUGAGAAAUGUUUUGCAUCUACAUUCUUUGUACAAACAAAACAAGGCAAAGGAGAAUCCACUGAAAACAAUUCUUGAAGUUAUCACCAACUACUUUCUUGAACAUUUUGGGACUACCAGAUGCAUCACAAGUUCUGCAUAUUCAGCUCCACAAGCUAAGAGCUCACAGUCUAGGUGUGUAGAAACAUCACUAAAUAAUGACUACUCAGAUGAAGACAUGCAUGGCAGAACAGCAGCAUCUCAUACAAGUAAAAUUGAGGCUCACAGAUAUGACAUUGAUGAGCCACUAGAUAAAGUUAUUUCAUCAAAAAGACACCAACAUAAAAGUGAGAAAUCCAAGACUGUGGUAGUACCCAAUAGUGGCCCAUCCACUGAAGGAGAUAAAAAGUUAAAAAACAGAGAUGAUUUGAAAACAACAGAAAUGCCUGAGGAGAUGAAAACCACAGUGAGAGAGAAGCAAAGGUCCAAGUCUGGUCUCAUUGUCAGAGGAAUGAUGGCUGGACCCACUGCAAGUUCACAAGAGGAUUUGGUAAAAAGAAGGCUUCUUAAACGAUCCUCUGACAUAACCAGCACAAUACAAUUCAAAGGGGAAGAUCAUGAGGAAAAUUCUUCAGGUGUGCCAGCAAGUGAUUUUCAAGAGAUUAAAGGAAUUUCCGCAGAGUCCAGGAGUUACCUCUCAUCACAAAGUGACAGUGCUCUGAAACUAGAUAUGGAAUUUCCAUCAAAAAUUUUAUCAACCCCACACACAAGUUCAGUCAGUGAGAAGCUAAAACAUGUACCCAAAGAUGCAGCUGACCCAGUUGCCAAACUGCUAUCUGAAAGAGAAAGAACCAAGGUUGAAGAAAGGAAAUUAAUGACAAGCUUUGAUACAGAGACCAAUGAAAAAACCUUCAAACUAAACAUUCUUCGCAGACAUUCAGGAACUGGAAGAGAGAAGAGAGAAAGGUCUCCCAAAAACAAUGAGAUUCGGUUACCAGACCACAGAAAGACUCCAUCAUCAAUAUCGAAUAAAAGUGACCAGAAGAAAGGUGUCCUAGAACUAGUUGAUUUUGAUGAUGAAGCAAUGAUUGGAGAACUUAAUAGGAUCCCAGAGCUUUCAACACGGGAUACACCUGAAGUAAUAUCAAAGGCAAUUGAUAUUUCCCUAGCAAAAGAAAUAAAAAAUCUUUUGUUUGGCUCGAGCCUUUGUUGCUUCAGUGAAGAAUGGAAAAUACAGAACUUUACUUUUAAUAGUAUACCACAGCUAAAAUACGGCAUGGUGCAAAAAAAGGGAGGCCCAUGUGGAGUAUUGGCAGCCGUUCAAGCUUGUGUCCUACAGCAACUUCUCUUUGGAGACAGAAACAGAAAUAGCGAUGUGUGGUGUCUGCAGCCUUCAGAUGCUCAUAGGACCAAAUGCCUCGUCAUGGCUUUUGCAGAUAUUUUAUGGCGUGCCGGAGGCAAUGAAAAAGCUGUGGUUGCACUAUGUUCAGGAAGGCAGCAGUUCACUCCAGUAGGAAAAUACAAAGCAGAUGGAAUCUUUGAAACCUUAAUACUACAUAGUGUCACAAAGUAUGAAGAUCUGACCAUUUUUCUUCAACAGAAUAUUCAUCAGUUUGAAAAUGGUCCAUUUGGAUGCAUUCUUCUUACCCUGUCAGUUAUCUUUACAAGAACCAUCGAUCUGGUGCGCAGUGAUUUUGAUGUUCUCACAAACCGAUUGAUUGGCACCCAUGGAUACUGUACACAAGAACUUGUCAACUUGCUGCUGACUGGUAAAGCUGUGUCCAAUGUGUUCAAUGAUGUAAUAGAGCUGGACUCCGGAAAUGGAAAUAUCACAGUUUUGAAAGGUAUCACUAACCGCAGUGACAUCGGCUUGCUGUCUCUCUUUGAGCACUAUGAUGUUUGCCAGGUUGGCUGCUACUUGAAGACCCCAAGGUACCCAAUUUGGGUUGUGUGUAGUGAAAGCCAUUUCAGUGUGCUUUUUUGUUUGCGAAAGGACUUACUAGGUGACUGGAAAACAGAACGGAGAUUUGAUCUCUAUUACUAUGAUGGCCUGGCCAACCAGGAAGAGGAAAUACGGUUAACAGUUGAUACAGUUCAGCCUUACAUUGAAGAUAAAGAAAAUGACCUUAUUCCACCACUUGAGCACUGUAUUAGGACAAAGUGGAAAGGGGCUGCUAUUGACUGGAAUGGCACAGAACCCAUCUUGUGACUGAACUGAAAUAAAGGAAAACCGCAAGCGCAGCACCUUCCUACUCUGACCAGUAAGAAAAGCAGGGUGAAAACGCCUGGCCACUUUUGCAGUUCACGGUGAAGCCAAGUGACAUGCUGCCUGCAGGCAGGAAGAAUUUCACCUGGCACUUCAGAUAUUUCAUCCAUUAUGUAAAUGCCAUUUGCCUAAAUUCUUUGUCAUUUUCUUUUAUGCACAAUCCAUGAAAACAGAAAGAACCUCCACUGCCAAACCAAGCUUUCGGACCAAGCAGUAAUGCUGUCCACUUCUUGAGUUACAUUGUUCGAUCCAUUUUGCAUCUCAUCAGUUUCUCCAAAGAUCAGACAAAUGAAGCUGCUCCCAGAUGUCUUUGGUAUUGGCUUUUCUUUCCUCCCCCUGACUUUGUUCUUUACCAAGUUGCAAAAGUGCAGCCUUGCUAGAGAAAAAAGUUAUCUUCUUCUCACUCAUUUUUGUAGUUCACACUUUCAGCAAAUUGGUUAUUAACAUUUGAGUCAUGUGCUAUAUGGCCUGGUCUACACACUCUGUAUAUUAGUGUUACUAUCUAGAGAUACAAUAUUCACUGAUAUCAUUAAAAAGGUGGAAGCAAGUUAUAUGAAUAGAAGGGUCACUAUACCCAUUGAAUUUAUUCUGAUUCCUGUACAGAAAGCUGUGUCUAUGCUAUAGACAUCUGCCACCUUAGCUAUGCCAGUUUUUGGAGAGGUGGAAUCCCUAACCAACAUAGCUGGUCCAGGAGAAGCUCUGAGAGUGGAUAUAGCCAUACAGACACUUUGCUUUUACAGCUCUAGCUUGUUUCACCAAUGGGAAUGCUUUUACUAUAUCAGGACAAAGCGCAGCAUUGCUAGCAUGGCUUCGUCCACACCAGAGAUAUUGUUACACUACAGCGGCUAUGUUUGUAGAGCUUUGUUGAUGUUCCUGUGCCACCAUAGCCAUGGUAAUGUAGACACAGGCUAUGUUGACAGAACUUCUGUUGGUGUAGGAACAGAAUUAGUUAUGUUGGUGGAGUCCCUCUUUCUUCAUCAUAACUGCAUCUCGCCUUUCCCUGGGUGGGUGGGUAUGAGGGAAUAGAACCCACCACCCUGCUCUCCUCAGGGAAUCCCAGCCAUGCCAGAAUCCACCCCACCACCUUGCUUUCAGGGUGCUCUAUAUCUCGCCUCCCGCUGGGUGUGAGGGACUAGAACCCACCACCCUGCCCUCUCCAGGUGAAUACCCUAGCCUGAGCAUAAUUAUCUGUCUUGGUGGAAUCUCUCUUUCCUCAUCAUAACUGCAUCUAUACUGGAAUGAUGUUGCCAUAGAGAUGUCCAUCAGGUGGGCAAACAUAGCUUUGCUGAUAUAAUUUUUCAGUAUAGACCAGGCUACUUUGUUUGUAUAGUAUACUGGCAUUCCUAUACAGGUAAGUGGUUCUAGUGUAGACAUGGGUGGAAUAUGCUAUGCUGGUAUAAGCGUUUCUAUACUGUUCUAACAGCAUCCACACCAGGAACAUUGCACCAUGUGAAAUAUUCUGAUCUAGCUAAAGCUGUACAACUUUUCUGGGUAGAUAAAGUCUAAGGGUAUGUCUAGACUGCAUUCCUCUUUCGAGAGAGGGAUGCAAAUGCA